AUGGAACCUUCAAGUUCCGAGGGAGUAAAGCAAAGUAUGUUGUCAACUUCUGAUUGAUAUUGGAGUUUAGAGAAGAAGAUGAUGCCCAAGCUAAAGAUGCCGGAGAUGCCAAAAGCUGCCACCGUGGAUUUGGACGAUAAAUUUUACUAUGAGUAAGUUUUUAUUUUUUUAAGUCUUAGAUUUGUUAAAGUGAAUCUAGCUUCUGCUUUACAGAGAAAACGGUGAGAACGUCCUUGUCACGGCCCUGGACUUGGUUGUUGUCCGCGAACUCGGACGUGGUGCGUAUGGAGUUGUCGAAGAAAUGGAACACACAGUAACCAAGAGACAUUUCGCGGUAAAGGUAUGUAUUAUACAAUAUGUAUUUUAAUCUAGUCAACUAUCUUAGCGGAUACACUUCUCGAGUAAUGAUGAAGAACAACGACGGAUGUUGCUGGAACUUGACACUUGUAUGAAAAGCAAGAACUGCGAUUUGGUAUGUUUAUAGUGUACAUUUGUUGAUGUUUUUUUCUUUUAGAUGGUUCGAUUUUAUGGAGCAAUGUUCCGAGAGAACGAUGUCUGGAUCUGUAUGGAGGUCAUGGACAUCUCUUUGGACAAAUUCUACAAGAAAGUAACAGAUAUUGGGGAGAAAAUGCCCGAGAAUAUAAUUGGGAAGGUCGCUGUAUCGGUGAGUUAUACGUCUUAAAAUUAUAUUUUAUUUUAGUUGGUAGAUGGGCUAAACUUUAUGAAAGAAGAGAUGGGUCUUAUCCAUCGGGACGUAAAGCCAUCCAACAUUCUGAUUUCUCGGUCUGGAAAAAUAAAGAUCUGUGAUUUUGGAAUCUCGGGCCAACUGACGAACUCUGUCGCGAAAACAUUGCAAGCUGGAUGUAAACCUUACAUGCCCCCAGAGAGGAUUGAUGGUGACCUAAAACAAGCAUACGGAGUUCAGGCGGAUGUUUGGAGUCUUGGAAUAACAUUGGUACGGAGUUGGAGUUGAUUUUCUUUUUUCAAGGAAAUCAGAUUGUUAUUGUGUGUUUACAGCUUGAAAUUGCUCAUGGUCAGCACCCUUAUGCCCGAUGGAAGACUCCAUUCGAGCAGCUGAAACAGGUCGUUCAAGAAGCUCCUCCAACUCUAAAUCCAUCGAGAGGAUAUUCAGAUCAACUUCAUGAUUUCAUUACUGUCUGGUAGGAACAUAUUUAUUUUAUCCAUUAUUGUUGUUUAGUUUAAUCAAGGAUUGCAAACAGCGUCCCAAAUACAAGGAUCUGCUACAACAUCCGUUUUUGAAAUGGGCCCGGGAACAGAGUUCUGAUGAGAUUCUUCCGUUCAUUGGCAUGAUUGUUGAGUAUGUUUAUUCUUGCUGCGUUGCAAUUAAUUUUUAUAAAAAAAGUUUAACUUUCGCCUUAUUUCAGCCGGAUCCAAGAAGAUGAGCGUUCUCUGCGUACGAGUUUGAAUUCCCGAUGA